UAUUGAUCGACAUAGCGUGAAUUAAGUACAAAGAUGUAGACCAAAGCAAACACUCGUCAUCAGCCUGCCUUAUCCAUUGUUGUACAAUUGCAAUCGGACAACAUGUCAGCUUAUUUGCAGUGCUUUUCCCACAAUGUUUGUAUUUUGAAUUUUCUUGCAGCCUCGUAACCUUUGCAACCUCUCCACAGGCAUCAAUUUCAUCAAAAUUAUCAAUAUUAUGACUGUUCUCACCAGUCUUCCCACAAUUUUAGACAUAAAUCCAGAUCAAGUGACGCCUUCGCCUCCUGAUAUCUCGCCUUAUCUCUUCUGUCCUGUACAUCCAUUUCCAAGCAUAUCCGAGUAUCUUUCACGAUCAGACCUGCUUUUAUAUUGAUAUUCAACUUAACGGACCUCAGACCUCAUUCGAUGAUACUGAUUGGCGCGCUCAGGCAUGUAUGAAAUGACACACCCCACCCUGGAUGAC